AUGUCCUCCACCAACGGAAACACCACCACCACCACCCCCGCUCCCCCUCUCGGCUUCCCCCUCAACCUCCCCAAAUGGCUCUCCGAAAACUCCCACCUCCUCCAACCCCCGAUCAACAACUACUGCGUCUACUCCCACCCCCUCACAAUCAUGAUCGUAGGCGGUCCCAACGCCCGCACGGACUACCACAUCAACACGACCCCGGAAUUCUUCUUCCAAUACAAAGGCACCAUGCUGCUCAAAACCAUGCAAACCAUCGAUGGGAAAGAGACGCCCGUGGACGUGUACAUCAAAGAAGGCGAGAUGUUCCUCUUACCUGGGAAUGUGCCGCAUAAUCCGGUCAGGUUCAAGGAUACCGUGGGCAUUGUGAUUGAGCAGCCGCGGCCGGAGGGGAGUGUGGAUAAAUUGAGGUGGUAUUGUCGAGGGUGUGGAGGGGUUGUUUAUGAGGAUGGGUUUCAUUGUACGGAUUUGGGGACGCAGAUUAAGGGCGCGGUUAAUGGGUUUGGGGCGAUGGAGGAAGGGGAGAGGACGUGUGGGAAGUGUGGGGAGGUUUGUCAUGUGAGGCCGGGAGAGGAGGAGAUGGAGGCUAUGAGGAGGGGUGGGGAGGCGGCGUAG